CACGAAGGAGAAGAAAACCGUCUGGAUGUCAUGUCGCCACCAAAAGUGGAAAAUGAAAAGUAAAGGAGUUUGAGGAAGAAAAAGGGAAAAACAUCGUUGCUACAUGUGACAUCAUCUAAGAGACACUGUGCUGCUGGAGGACAACCAUGAGGCGGACCACACAGAUCGACGUCAAGCGCGCCCUUGUUCUGACAGCCACCUUCAGCUUCCUCUGCUGCUGCUCUAAAGCCUGCCUGCUCCCCUUCCUCACCCUGUACUUCCGCCAGCUGGGUCUGUCUCCAUCCAUGACUGGCAUCGUCAUGGCCAUCAAGCACUCCGUAACCCUGGUGUGGAGUCCAGCAGCCGGUCUCCUCUCCAAGCGCUACAACAAGAGACGGCUGGUGAUAAACUGCUCGCUCGUGUUUUCUGCUGCGGUUCUGCUGCUGCUGCUUCUCCCGUCUGUAGGGAAGCUUGGCGCACAGAGCAGCACCUGUAACACCUCUGACCUGAGCUCUGGUUCAGGCCAAAGUCAGUUGAAUGUUACCCCUAGUCAGACGUUGCCAACACAUACAAAUUUAGUCAUUCCGACGUCGCCUGUCAGUGAGUGGAGACUUGGUCCUGUAACAACUCCGCCUAAUAGGAAUGAUACAGAACACUCUGAAGUUCCUGUUUCACAAGGAAACUUAUCUGAGGUGCCAAUCAUCACUCAGACAGUAGCGAGUGUUCAGCAUUCCACCGUCAGCUCCUUAGAGAAUGCAGCAAGGAAUAAGAAGUCUGCGAUCACAUCGGACCGCUUUGAGGACCAACAGAAGGGGAGUUCAGGAUUUCUCGCGACCCUUAAGGAGAUGGACAUUCAGAACCAGCUCUUCUACUUGACGCUUAUCAUCGUGUUGGUGUGGGAGUUUGCGUCAGCUCCUCUCGAGUGGACAGCUGACGACGGGCUUUACGAGUAUCUGGACUACGCAGAUGCCUCAGACCGCCAUGGCAGUGCCGAUGUAUGGGGUCUGCUCGGGGCGGUAUGCGGGGUCGGGGGUGCCGGGCUUGUGGUCGCCCAGCUCAGUUGUCACGUAGCAGCCACUCGCGCUUCCAGAAGCGCUGUGCAUUUCUAUUCCUACACAGGCCUGGCAGCUCUAGCCCUGCCCGUAGGCGUCUACCUCCCUCUGUAUCUGAACAGAAAGCGAGACCGGGCCAAUGGGCUCCUUAAGGGUGUGCAGCUGGUCCAUGGCUCCCCCCACGCUUUACUGUGCGCCUUCACCAUCAUCCUGGUCGGGGUGGUGAAUUCGGCUGUGGAGAACUUCUUGCUUUGGCAGAUGGAGGAUCACGGGAGCACUGAACUGCACAUGGGACUGUCCCUAGCUCUUUCUUUGCUCUCACAGGUGGUCUUCCCCCUCCUGGCUGGCAGAGUAUCCAAACUCCUAAGCCCAGGGAGGGUUCUCGUCAUUGGGGCCGCUAGUCUCGGGUUGCAGUGCUUCUACUACUCCUUCCUCUGGGGACCCUGGGCGGCCUUGCCUGCACAAGUGCUGGGUACCUUGAGCAGCGGCGCUGUUUGGUGGGCUGUGAGGAUCCAAUGCGAGGACAUCGCAACACCAGGGGCCGAAAGAAACGUCAGGAGGGUCUACAGUUCCCUGUGCCUGCACCUUGGGAGUGGACUCGGGAGUUUUGCCGGCGGGUUCGUGGCGCAGAGAUUUGGGAUGACAUGGUUGUUCAGAGGGGUUGCCAUAGGAAUUAUGGCGUGGUGUGUGUGUCUUCCUUUCCUGCAGUGGAAAGCCCCACGUCAGCGCAGGAUUAACUACUCGCGCCUUUUGGCAGCUGAUGCAAGCGAGGCCAGUGACUCCGAAUCUGAGCCGGAGAGAGACUGGCUGGAUAAGGCCAUGGAGAAUGACCGAGGCAAUAACAACUACGAAAGGCGACUCAGACACCAAAACUGACAGAGGUCGCGUGGUAAGAGGUCAGAAUUAGCUCUGAUCAGUAAUGAGCUGGUUAAAUCUACCUGACCCUAAAAAUGUCCAUCAUUUUCAGUGUUGCACCAACAACACUUCCCUUAAUUGCCUUUUUGAGUUUCUUCAAGUCUUUCAGGAUAUGCCUGUACCGUCUUUCUACAUCUGUGGACUGAGACUUUUGCUCAUUCUUCUUUGAAUAAAGCCUCAAAGUCAGUCAGAUUGGAAGAAAAGCAUCUGGGAAAAUCAUAUUUGAAGUCAAAUUCACAGAUUCUCAAUUGGAUUAAGGUCUUCACAUUGACUGGGCCAAUCUGACACAUGAACAUGCAUUAGUUGUAGGGUUGUUACUGCUGAAAGUGGAAGGUCUUUUGCAAAAAAAAAA